AUGAGACGUCAACAACGUCCACGUUCCUCACCACCGCAAUCUCCGUCUUCAUCUUCAUCGGAGUUUGAGUUCAACAUCUCCAUCUCUCCUCGAAAAGCUUCUUCCUCGCUUUGUCCCGCCGAUGAACUCUUCUACAAAGGCCAGCUUCUCCCUCUUCAGCUCUCCCCUCGUCUCUCUCUCGUCCGUACACUCUGUUCCUCUUCUUCCUCCUCUGAUUACACUUCGUCUUCUUCCUCCGCCGCACGUGACUCCACCGAGUCUUCCUCCUCCACUGACUCCACGGCCUCUUUCCCUCUCCUCCGCCAUCCGCCGCUCGAUGGCUGCGACUCUUCCCGUCCUAGCUCCGUAACCGACGAGGAAGAUUUGUUCUUUAAGCCGGCGAAGAAGAACACUAGCGGUGGCGGCUUCUCACUCUCUAGAUUCUCCUCUGUUUUCAAGAAAGAACCCAAAACCGUCUCCGCCGCGGCUCCGUCGUCGGUGAAGAGAAUGAGCUCAACGGCGAAGGAAGUUAUCCGCAAAUACAUGAAAAAGGUCAAACCUUUAUACGACAAGCUGUCUCAGAAACAGAGCACCACCGUCGCAUCUUCGAAAACAGAGCAAUCAUCUCUCAAACAUUCCGGCAACAUCCGAGGAACCUCCGCCGUCGCCUCCUCCAUUCCGGCAGCUGCCUCCAGCGGCGGCGGGAUAUCGAUCUCUUUCUCGGGGAACCUGAUGAAAUACACGAAACGUGGACGAUGCGCGGCGAGCUGUCCGUCGUCGAUGAGGUCAUCUCCGAGUCAUUCAGGUGUACUGACACGUGGCGGGUUUCCGGGUCAAGGAGGAGGAGGUAGCUGCAGCAGCAGCAUCAACAACAGUAUGUCUUCUUCGAUGGAAGAGUUGCAGAGUGCUAUUCAAGGAGCUAUUGCUCAUUGCAAGAACUCAAUGAUGCAGAAGAAUAUGGUUAGUAGUCUUGAGAUCUAG